UGACCGCGCAUGCGCCAAAGCGGAACCUCGGGAAUCUGGACGAACGCUGUACACAUUGGGUGUAACGGGUAAACAAUGUUUUGUCUUAUUCGGUUAAUCUAAUCUAAAGUAGCUGUUCUUCUUUAGCAUCAUAUACAAAAGCAUAGAUUCGGUUACGUUGACGGUUAUAUUAAUUUGUGCCGUGUCACGGAGAAAACCGUGCCAACAGGCUUCAGUCACGGAGUCGAUACGUUACUCAUGACGAAUAGGGACUGAAUUAGUAGUAGUAGUAACACCAUUAUAAAUAAUACACUUCAUUGUACACCUAAUGUAUUAUCAUUUUGACUAGUCGAAUGGCCAGCUUUGUGUUUUAUUAAAGAGAAAAAUGGGUCGUUUGUCAAAAAUCUAAUCGGUUCUGUGUGUGUCCUGGCAACGGUUGUCCCAUGCGUGCUAGGAAGCUAACAGUCCAACAGAAUGAUUUAUGUUUCGUGACUAUUGCUUGCUGUGAUUUAACAAAAUGAACGGUGUUUAUUUCAGUUUAUCCCAAACCUAUUGCGAAAUUUGGGGUGGAGAAACAGAAACUGAAUGAGCUCACAUAAUGACACAACAUUUAGGUGUACCUUUGGAUGACUGGAGUAACUUACAUAUAGUUUGUUUCUUCUUCUGUCAAUUCCAAGGUCGUUUCCCUCUUUGAAAAGCUGCAGGAAUCAUGGGAGCUGUGUUCCUGCCAGCAGAUGCCGCGCACUCGGUGCUGCGAAGGCUCCCAAGAGCAAACUUUUUCUUGGAGGAGAUGAAACAAGGGAACAUCCAGCGAGAGUGCAGGGAGGAAAUUUGCAAUUAUGAAGAAGCCCGAGAGGCUUUUGAGAAUGACGAGAAAACGAGGCGAUUCUGGGAGGAGUACCAGCGUGAGAGCAGCCCCAUGCCUGGAGGACUGGAAUCCAUUGCUGGCGGAGUUCAUUCCCUGUACCUGAUUUUACCCCUGCUGCUGGUUGUGCUGCUUAUUGCUGCAGUUUCCAUCACCGUUUGGAGAUGUCACUCACGCAAAAGAUCCCAGCAGAGCCCUGCCAUUGGGCGUCCGCAAAGAGACACAACCCUAUCUGUAGUGUCAAUGGACCAGUGGGGACGGGACUUUCAUCCUGACGUCAGUCCUCACUCAGAGAUCAGCGCUCACAGUAGCCCUGCCUACCCCGGUGCUGACCUCACACCUGGGCGGGGCAGUUGUGGUGACCCGCCCCCCUCAUACGAGGAAGCUGUGGGUCAUACGGAUGUACACAUUGAAGCAGAGCCUCCUCCACAAUAUGAAGACAUCAUCAGCAACCAUGGUGCUACAGUUAUCAUCGCCCAGGGAAAGUGACUGUCUUCCAAGGAAAUUAUCCAGCCAUAUGUGUAGAUGAGUUUGUAAGGCCUCCGCCAAUAUUGCAAAGCCUGUUAUUUUUUAUUCACUGUAUGUCGUCUUGUUUGCGGGAUGGGGAAAUGCUUUGGUCAUUUAUUUUUUUUACUAUCAAUAUUUCUUUACAACUCCACUAACUCCGACAGCUUUGGUUCACAAUUCCAGCACUAGAAAACCUGCUUAUUUAAUAUAAAGGGAACCACAGCUAAUGCAAUAUUUUUUCAGUACUUUUACAUGUACGUUGUUAAACAAUGAACAAGCCGGUCAUUCGACUACGUGUAGUUAGUCUGGCCUCCGUCAGAUCGUUUUCAGAAGUGAUUGCAGAAUUUAUAAUAGCUCCUCUAAAAUUGUUGUCUUCCUAGUUACUAAGAGCUGUGGUUGUCGAAACAUUUCAGGAACAAACUGAAUUAUUUUUCAUUUGUGGCUGGCCUUUCAUGGGACCAACCCACGAUUCAAAGAUUCAGUGAAAUAAAACACAUUUUCAGGAACAAUUUAAGUUGUAAAUUUUAAUGUUACUGACAUGAUGUUGUCUGUUUUAUCCUUUAAAGAUAACCUUUAUUACGUUUGUAAUUGCAUAGGUAUCCACCGGGCUCACAACCUCAAUGAAAAAUUGGUGUUGGUUUGUUUUUUUUAGUUGAGGUUUUAAACACUGUGUGUUAGAUUUUGUGACUUUGUUGAAAACACUUGAAUGGUAAACUAGUUACUAGUUAUGCUUGAGAGUUUUAAACAGUUAUCAAAUGCUGAUAACCUAUUGCAAAACGACCAAACAACCUCUGCCCUGAUGUUCUGUAGCAUUGUGGUUGUUAAUACUGAAUCAGCACAGGUCCAAGCUGUUUUUGUCUGGUGGGCAUCAAGUCAACGUAUGUGAGGUUUUGUUGACUUGCCUGCUGCGGCAAAUACAAAACAUUUGCACCCUCUCUGUAAAAUCCAGACUAGUCUCAAAAUCUAAUUAUGAGCAUCAAAGCCAUUUAUUUCACUAGAUGAUUUCAAUCUUUUGACUUAAAUUAAAGAUAUCAAGGUUAUAUUUUCUUUGCAUUGUGUAGAAAGAAGAAAUCGAGUUUAGCUGGGUUUUCACAGGCAAGGGUCACAUUUGCAUUAAAUCACGUUGAGUUAAAUGUCAAUACGUGGUAAAUGGGCUGUGCACCAGAGCCUUUUUAGAAAAUACUUACCAUAGGAGCAUUUUUCAUGGUCACAGACUUGUGAAAUUUAUCUUUAUUGUGGCCAAGGAUUUAGCAGGGUUAUUAAGCAUCCCUAGCAUUAAGGCAGGAUACCUAGCAUAAGCAAGAUGAAUUAUUCACCAGCUCAGGAGGAAGCACGCUUUUUUAGAUUUGUGUAGAGGGUUAAUAAUGUUUGUUCUGUUUCUCUAACAACCACAGAGAAUGUUAAAAAUCAUAAUUAGGACUACCUUGGCCAUGCUGAUUUGGUUCUCUGUACAUUCUGGUAUAUCUUUAUUGUGUUUAAGAAACAUAUAUUCUUUCCCUUUAUGAUGUUGGGAUAAUAUCCAUAUUUGAAUAUUUGGCAAUCGCAUUUUGGGUGGACUUGUGUAUUUAAAGGGAAGCAGAUACCAUUUACCUCUUACCUUUUAUUCUUGAUUUAUCAUGCAGAAUCUGAUCAGAGUAUUUUAAACACUACAAUCAAGAGAAUCUAAGAUUAGGAUCAAAUUAUGGGAACAAACCCUCCUACUCCCCCAGAAUAUAAAAGAGACAAAACCUCAAUGAGGAAACACUCAGUAUUAAAUGUCAGGAAAGUGUGAUUGCUUGUGUGCUUGUGUGUGUGAGAAUUUCAAUGGGAAAAUUGUCAAUGCGUUUGUACUUGUUCAGUAAAUAUGAGCGAAUGCACUUUUUUGGGCACAAAUUGCUCUUAAUUGUAAAGGAAUAUUAAUUUAUGUAUAUGAUGUGAUGAAUUACGAAUGCUGUUUGGUUUAACUUCUCUGCUUUCUACAGUUUAUAUUCGGUAUGACGUCAUGCUCAGCCAACAUAAAUAUGCAAUAAAAUCCAUCACCAGCACUAACUCGGACAAGCUUCGUGAAAAUCAAAACAGCCUCACUUUGUAUAAUUUUGUUUGUGUUUAUAAAGGUUAUGUGAAAUAAGACCACCAUCAUUUGAAAUGCAGUUUGAUGAUGUCUGGCUGGGUUUGAUGGAUGGCAUUUGUUGCUGUAUAGUUGCAGGCUGAUACUUUGGUUGUUAAAGAGUGUGGUGGUGUUUAUUGCUUAUGCCUUACUCAGCGAUAGAUAAAGAAAUUGUAUAUAUGUGUAUUAACAAAUUAAUGUUUUGUAAUGAUCAAGCCUGACUUUUAUUU